GCGCGGGGGGGACGCGGAACCACCGGGACCGGGGACACGGGGACACGGGGACAGCGACACGGACACGGGGACAGCCAGCCCCGCGGGGACUGACCGGCGGACAGCGCACAGCCAGCUCCCCGAGGGACAGGGGACAGCCAGCCCUGGGCGGGACAGACACACGGACGGACGAGGGACAACCAGAUCUGGGAGGGGUCAGGGGACAGAGAGUCCCGAAAGGACAGACGGACAGGGGACAGCCAGCUCCGAGGGGGGCAGGGGACGGCGGGACAGUUAGCCCCGGAGGGGACAGACAGACGGACAGGGGACAGUCCCGAGGAGGGACAGGAGGACAGCGCAGAGCAGCCGGGGUCUUGGACAGGCACCGGGGGGACACGGGAACAGGGAGCCCAGCGCAGGGACAGACGGACAGGGUGACAAGGGGGACGCCCAGCGCCCCGGGAGCGGGGCUGUGCCGAGCCUCCCGCAGCGGCUCCUCCGCCCGGCCGCGCACCGGGAGCCCGGCGGGGCCGCUCGGCGGCUGCUCCGCCGCCUUCCCCGGUCGGGGAUGCAGCCCGGAGCCGCGGGCAGGCGGCGAUCGGGGCUCCGCGACACGGCUGCCCGACACCCACCCGGAGCCGCGAGUCCCCGAAGGGAUUUGAAGCUGGGUCAAGCGAUGGAAAUGUCAUUGUCGCGGCUCGGGGGCCCGGAGAAGUGAGCGGCUGGGACACCGGGGCACCGGGCUCUGCUCUGCAGCCAGACACCGGGACUGUCCCGAGAAACCAGCACAGCCCUGGGCAGAGCGGGCAGAAAGUGGGGACUGUCACAGACUUCAGGGACACAGGACAGUACCUGGGGCCAGGAGCUGUCCCACCACCCACUCGGGACUGGGAACGUCGGCCUCUUGACCGGACUCUGGCACCCACCUGAGCCCGAUGAGGAGCUGGGGCUGCGUGUGAACCUAUGCAGACCAGGAAGAAAUACAUUUUCCUGACUUUCCUUGCCUCUUGGCUUCUCCUUUUCUUCUUUGGAGGGGAUCAGCUGCGCCGUUUCGCUUUCUUUUCUGGGAGGAAAGCAGAAGCCCGGAGGAGCUGGCCCCGCUGGACGGAUCAAUCCCUCCUCAAAAGCUUUGCAGACCCCGAGGAGCUGCAGAGGGAUGGGGACCCUUCCCUGCUGUCCCCCCGGGAGCGACGGGCGGCGUGGCUGAGCGUCUACAGGAGCAGCAGAUGCCGGAUGGAAACCUGCUUCGACCUCUCCAGGUGCGAGAGGAACGGCUUCAAAGUGUUCACCUACCCCCAGGAGCGGGGCCAGCCGGUCUCGGAGACCUACAGCAAAAUCCUCAGCUCCAUCGAGCGCUCCCGCUACCACACGCCGAGGCCCGAGGAAGCGUGCCUCUUCAUCCUCGGCAUCGACACGCUGGACCGCGACCGCCUCUCGGGCCAGUACGUCCGCAACGUGGACGAGAAAAUCCGCGGCUUCCCGCUCUGGAACGGCGGCCGCAACCACCUCAUCUUCAACCUCUACUCGGGCACCUGGCCCGGCUACACCGGCGAGCUGGGCUUCGACACCGGCCAGGCCAUCCUGGCCAGAGCCAGCUUCGACAGCCGCAGCUUCCGGCCCGGCUUCGACGUCUCCAUCCCUCUGUUCCCCAGGGAGCACCCGCAGCGCGGCGGGGACGGGGGGUGGCUGCGGCAGGACUCGGUGCCCCCCAAAAAGAAAUACCUGCUGGUGUUCAAGGGGAAGAGGUACCUGACGGGCAUCGGCUCCGGCACGCGGAACGCGCUGCACCACAUCCACAACGGGAAGGACAUCAUCUCCCUCACCACCUGCAAGCACGGCAAAGACUGGGAGAGGCACAAGGACACGCGCUGCGACAAGGACAAUGUCGACUAUGAAAGGUUUGACUACCAGGAGCUGCUGCACAACUCCACCUUCUGCAUCGUGCCCCGGGGCAGGCGCCUGGGCUCCUUCCGCUUCCUCGAGGCUCUGCAGGCCGCCUGCAUCCCGGUGCUGCUGAGUGAUGGCUGGGAGCUGCCCUUUGCCGAGGCCAUCGACUGGGGCAAAGCUGCUGUCGUGGGCAGCGAGAGGCUCCUGCUGCAGAUCCCCUCCGCCGUGCGCUGCAUCCGCCCCGAGCGCGUGCUGGCCUUCCAGCAGCAGACCCAGUUCCUGUGGGAUGCCUACUUCUCCUCCGUGGACAAGAUCGUGCACACCACGCUGGAGAUCAUCAAGGACCGGCUGUCUCCGCACCGCUCCCGCUCCCGCUUCCUCUGGAACGCGCUGCCCGGGGGGCUCCUGGUCCUGCCGGAAUUCUCCACCCACCUCGGGGAUUUUCCCUUCUACUACCUGCAGCAAGGCUACAGCCCCUCCAAGAAGUUCACGGCUUUCAUCCGGACGGUCUCGCAAGCAGGGUCGCUGUCCCAGCCCAUCCUCAGGCUCAUCCAAGCCGUCUCUGGAUCCCAGCACUGCGCCCAGAUCGUGGUCCUGUGGAACUGCGAGAAGCCACCACCCCCGAGCGGGAAAUGGCCCCAGAGCAGCGUGCCUCUGACCAUCAUCCAGGGCAGGAGGAAGCUCAGCGACCGCUUCUUCCCCUUCGGGGUCAUCCAGACGGACGCGGUGCUGAGCCUGGACGAGGACACCAGCCUCUCCACCAGCGAGGUGAGGCCACGGCCCCGCGUCCCUCGGACACUCAGGGCAGCGGCGGUCCCCUCCCCGAUGUGCACGGAGAGCAGCGGCUGUGCCGCGGUCAGUGCCCAGAUGUGCAGGCUGUGCACGGCCUCCACGCCCCGCACCGCCAGCAGCGUCUCCCGCACGGCGUUGAAAUCCAUCCCUUUGGGGGUCCCUGCGGGGGCACGGCAGCUCGGGGACGGCCCCACGGCCCCCGUGGGUGCCCCCGCCGCCCACCCCGCCCCGGGGGUCCCUACCCUCCAUGAGGACGAGGAGGACAUCGCGGAGGAUGUUCGGGGGGCUGCGGGGGCCGGGGGGGUCGGCCACAUCCCCUCACCCCGUCCUCCCCCCAGGUACUACCACAGCCUCUUCACCGAGUACCUGCCCGCGGGGCUGCGGGAGCUGGUGGACGGGCUGGCCGCCUGCGAGGACAUCCUGAUGAACGUCCUGGUGGCCGCUGUCACCAAGCUGCCACCCAUCAAGGUGACCCAGCGCAAGCAGCUGAAGGAGGGGGUGGCCCAGCAGGCGGGGUGCAGCGAUGGGGCUGCGGGGACCCCCCCGGCCCCUCGCUCUGCCCCUGCCCGGGCGGAGGGCACGGCGGGCAGCCCGCGUUCCUCCCAGCCGCAGGACUGCCUCAACCAGCUGGCAGACUGGUUUGGCUACAUGCCCCUGGUGCCCUCCCAGCUGCGCCUCGACCCCGUCCUCUUCAAGGACCAGGUCUCCGUCCUGCGCAAGAAAUACCCGAGCUUGGAGAAGCCAUGAGGGCUCCGGGGUCGGGGCGGGCUCCCGGUGCCGCUCCCGGUGCUCGGAGCCCUCCGGGAGCAGGCUGGCUGCUGACGGGGUUUUACUCGUUAUUGGGUUUUUUAACAGUGCAAUAAAGGAGGGGGGAGUGUAGGAUUCAGAUGGUGGCUGUGGGGUGUGGGGGAAGCACCGGGAGCACCGGGAGCAUCGGCUUUUGGCUGCUCCAACACUUCUGCCUUCGGCACCCUGGAAAUAACCCGGGCAGCCCCCCCAGCCCUGCGGGGAGGGAGAGUCCUUCACCUUCCCGAGAGCAAACAGAGGAGCGAUAAGAGCUGUGUGUGACCUCCCUCCCCGGCUCCAGCUGGGUGUCCCGCAGUCCCCGGGCAGCCCAGCACCCCAUCGCCUCGCAGCGCUCCCCGGAGAAGGGAAAAGGCGUGUUCCAGCUGGCUUUCC